UAUGACAGAAGGUUUAGGCCAACUUACUGAUGGCAUCUGUGGUGAAGAUGAUUUCACUCUAAGCCACGUCCACAAUGGGUGGCCAGGGUAUGACUAUGUGGGCUGGAACAAUGAGAGCUUCCCCAGUGGAUUUGUUGAAAUUAUGUUUGAGUUUGAUCGGACACGAAACUUUACCUCCAUGAAGGUCCACUGCAACAACAUGUACUCCCGGCACGUCAAGACCUUUAGACAAGUGGUUUGUUACUUCCGCUCUGAUUCAGACUGGGAGGCCACGCCCCUCUUCUUCAGCCCUGUGCAGGAUGAGAAGGAUCCAAGUGCUCAUUUUGUCACCGUCAUUCUGGCCAAUCACAUGGCCAGUGCCAUCAAGUGCCAGUUCUACUUUGCAGAUGCCUGGAUGCUGUUCAGUGAAAUCACCUUCCAGUCAGACACAGCCAUGUACAAUACAACACUGGUUCCACCCAGGCCUGCAGUUCCACCAAACACAGAAGACGACCCCACACAUAAGGUGGAUGAUAGCAACACUCGAAUUCUGAUUGGAUGCUUGGUAGCAAUCAUCUUCAUCCUUGUGGCCAUCAUUGUCAUCAUUCUGUGGAGACAGGUGUGGCAGAAGAUUAUGGAAAAGGCCUCUCGCCGGAGCUUAGAUGAUGAACUAACUGCUAGUUUAUCAAUACGGAGUGAUACAUUUGUAUAUAACCACAACCGGUCGGGUACAACCAAUGAUCAGGAAUCUAAUGCUGCCUAUGAGCCCAUCUUCAAACUUGGCCCAGACUACCAGGAGCCAUCACGGCUCAUAUGUAAGCUGCCAGAGUUUGUAGAGAGCUUAGAAGAGCCAGCUUCAACCAGCACAGCAGCUUCCAAAUCCAACUCCACAAGCACAAUCCAAGAUGGCGUUCCUCACUAUGCAGAAGCAGAGAUUGUCAACUUGCAGGGUGUCACUGGAAGCAACACAUAUGCCAUCCCUGCUGCAACUAUGGAUCUGUUUUCUGGGACUGACGUUGCUGUUGAGGAGUUCCCACGAAAACUGCUCAUAUUUAAAGAGAAGCUGGGAGAGGGCCAGUUUGGAGAGGUGCAUCUUUGUGAAGCAGAGGGAAUGCAGGAGUUUAAAAAUAUUGAGUCUUUGUUUGACGUCCMUGAGGACAAACCAGUGUUGGUGGCUGUGAAGAUGCUCCGUUCAGAUGCCAACAAGAAUGCAAGAAAUGACUUCCUUAAAGAGAUAAAGAUAAUGUCACGUUUAAGGGACCCCAACAUCAUUCGUCUUCUAGCUGUGUGCAUCUAUAGCAACCCUCUCUGUAUGAUCACAGAGUACAUGGAAAAUGGAGAUCUCAACCAGUUCCUGUCUCGUCAUGAACCAGAGGGAAAACUUGCUCUGCUCAGCAACACACCUACUGUCAGCUUCGGAGAUCUGUGCAACAUGGCCACUCAGAUCGCCUCGGGAAUGAAGUAUCUCUCUUCUCUGAAGUUCGUCCACCGAGACUUAGCCACACGCAACUGCUUGGUGGGCAAAAACUACACCAUCAAAAUAGCUGACUUUGGCAUGAGCAGGAACUUAUACAGCAGUGACUACUACCGCAUCCAGGGCCGAGCGGUGCUGCCUAUACGCUGGAUGUCGUGGGAAAGCGUCCUUCUGGGUAAGUUCACCACGGCGAGUGACGUUUGGGCCUUUGGUGUGACACUCUGGGAAGUUCUAAACUUCUGCAAAGAGCAGCCGUACUCUCAGCUUACAGAUGAGCAGGUGAUAGAAAACACAGGAGAGUUUUUCAGGGACCAGAAACGACAGAUCUACCUGCCUCAACCUGUUCUGUGCCCAGACCUGCUUUACCAGAUCAUGCUGACCUGUUGGAGGAGGAACACAAAAGAACGGCCCUCCUUCCAGGAAAUACACGGGGCCCUCUUGGAUUUACAGCCUUAAGUCAGAACAACAUUGAAAACAUUUUUCUUAUUCUGCUUAGUUCUGGAGAAAAUAGAUAACUUAACCCUCUAGAGUCCUUUUUUGGAGUAUUUUGAUUUUACCUUCAUUAUUUACCUAAAACCCAAACUGGAAAAUUAAGUUGAAACUAUUCAUAUUCAACACAUGGAGAUGGUGGAAACACCUGAUGGAUUCAUGAUCCAAUCUGAGGAAACCUGGACUAAACACACAGUUUGAUUCAAAUAAACACAAAACUUUMUAUAAACAAAGAUAUACAACUAGACUAAAUUAAACAUUUUCAAAACAAACACAGCUGAACUGUGGUGGUGAUGAGAACAAAUUUUUAAGUGUAGCAAGUGACAAAUAAUACAUUUAAAAUAAAUUUUAACAGAAAAUUUGAAAGUCAUUAAUGAACUUUACUCUUUCUUUCAGUGGACUGCUUGAAUAUAGAAGGAAACAGUGCAACAAAACAUUAGUUAUGGUUUUAUUUCAUUAUCAGCAUUUCAUCUCAUUUUCAGGAAAAUACUUACACAAACAAACAUGUAGCUAUUUGUUUAGCAUCUAGGUGUCAUUUUUCUACAGUAGUUUGAACAUAUGUAAGAAAAACUUUUGUGUAUUUGAUUUGAUUAUAUUUAUUGAUUUAACAGGAAAAGAUUAUUAAAAAUCAAGCCAGACUCA